AUCAAUGAACCGACGGAACGGAAGUGUCUAUUUUACUAUUAUUUUUUUUAGCAAUAGCAUUUAUAAAUCCCACCAUACUGCAUCAAAGUAAAACAAAAAUGAUUAUUUUGGGUUUAAUUUCAAUAUCAACCUCUUUUUAACACGCCCUCUUCUCUCUCUCUCUGUGCGGAUCGAAUCUUGAAAUUAAGUGAUAGAGAGGAAGAAGAAGAAAAAGAAAGAAUGGAGAUGUUCUACUUCAUGGUUUUCGGAGGCCUAGCGGCUGUAGUGGCAGCCAUAGAACUCAGCAAAACAAGCAGAGAUCGAGUAAACACAACCUCUGCUUUCAAUGCUUUCAAGAACAACUAUCUUCUGGUUUAUUCUCUCAUGAUGGCUGGGGAUUGGUUGCAGGGUCCAUAUGUAUACUAUCUAUACAGUACAUAUGGGUUUGGAAAGGGAGAGAUUGGCCAGCUCUUUAUUGCUGGCUUUGGAUCUUCAAUGUUAUUUGGGACAAUUGUUGGGUCUCUUGCUGACAAGCAGGGUCGGAGGAGAGCUUGUGUUACUUACUGCAUAACUUACAUCUUGAGUUGCAUCACCAAACAUUCUCCAGAGUACAAAGUCUUAAUGUUGGGACGUGUUUUGGGAGGCAUUGCAACUUCUCUACUCUUUUCUGCUUUUGAGUCUUGGCUUGUUGCAGAACACUUCAAGAGGGGUUUUGAUCAACAAUGGUUGUCAGUGACAUUCUCAAAAGCAAUAUUUCUUGGCAAUGGUUUGGUUGCCAUUAUGGCUGGGUUGUUUGGGAAUUUACUAGUGGAUAACUUGGGUCUUGGGCCUGUUGCUCCAUUUGAUGCUGCUGCAUGUUUCCUUGCAAUUGGCAUGGCAAUUAUAUUGUCAUCUUGGACUGAAAAUUAUGGAGAUACGUCAGAAAGCAAGGACUUACUUUCCCAAUUUAAGGGUGCUGCCGUUGCCAUUGCUUCUGAUGAAAAAAUUGCAUUGCUGGGUGCCAUACAGUCCCUAUUUGAAGGUUCAAUGUACACUUUUGUGUUCCUUUGGACUCCUGCACUGAGCCCAAAUGGUGAGGACAUUCCACAUGGUUUCAUUUUUGCAACUUUUAUGCUGGCUUCGAUGUUGGGAAGCUCUAUUGCAUCUCGUUUGAUGGCUCGCUCAUCCAUUAAAGUUGAGAGCUACAUGCAGAUUGUUUUCAUAAUCUCAGCAGCUUCACUUCUGCUUCCUGUUAUAACAAGUUUCUUGAUAGUACCUUCUGGAGUGAGAGGUGGAGGCAUCUCAUUUUCUGCGUGUGUCCAGCUUCUUGGCUUCUGCACAUUUGAGGCCUGCGUUGGAAUAUUCUGGCCAUCUAUCAUGAAGAUGAGGUCCCAAUAUAUUCCUGAAGAGGCUAGAAGCACCAUCAUGAACUUCUUCCGCAUUCCUCUCAACAUAUUUGUGUGUGUUGUGUUGUAUAAUGUUGAUGCGUUCCCCAUAAUUGUAAUGUUUGGCAUGUGCUCUAUUUUUCUCUUUGUGGCCUCUCUUUUGCAGAGGCGGCUUAUGAUUAUUGCAGAAAGCCAAAAAUCAAGAUCGCAAGAUUGGACAGCAAUGAGGGAGAUGGAAGCAGAACCAUUAAAUGCCUGACUGACUGCAGAGGCCAGAAACCUCGUGGAAUUUUUUUUUAAGAGAUUGCAAGCAGCCACCUUUGCUCCUUAUAUAUGCUGUUGGAGCUGCAACUUGGAUUAGCUGUUUGCAUCCAAACAAUAACAGGGAGUGUGGGUUUAGUCCUACUUUAUAAGAGGGAACAAAAGGUAUGGUGCGGGCAAGAGGCAGUUGACAGUAAGAAACCAAUUUUUAGGUGCUUAGAAUGAUGGAAGUUAUUGCUUUUAAAUUUUGUUUACGGGUGCUCUUGUAAUCUGGUGUUGCAAUAGUGCUGAGCAUAUCUAUUCCUUAGAUAUUAAUGGUAGAAACUUUUAUGGUGUCUUCUUAAUGAUUAAUAUAUAUGUAUGUAGGUUGUUUUACAUUAA